AUGGGCCAGAUCAUCUGUGGUCAACAUGGGGAAAAAAAGAAGUUCUUCUGUGAGGAAGACCAGAUAGCCCUCUGUGAUUCCUGCUUAUUAGCUCCAGAGUACAAGGAUCACCAAGUCUUUUCCUUGGAAGUGGCUGGUGAAAAGUGCAAGGAGAAGCUGCAGGAGAUAAGGAACAAGUUACAGGAAAAAGAAGAGCAAUUUGAAAUUGCAUUGAAUGAAGUGAGAAUGAGAAAAGAAGAGUGGGAGAAGCUUAUACAUACUCUUACACAGUCAGUUAUAUCUAAAUAUGAAAAAGUGCACCAGCUCUUAUGCGAUGAGUUUCUAUGCCUACAAAAAGUAGAAGAGAAAUAUAGAGACAUCUUGGAAAAACUCAAGGACAACAAGGCCAAAGUAUUGCAGCAGAUCCAAAAGCUACAAGAAAAGAUAUUAGAACUGAAGGAGAAUUUGGAUGAGGCACCCUUGGAAAUUCUCCAGGUUACAAAAAUCAUCUUGGAAAAAAAUGAAGAGCUGCUACAUAUAAAUCCAGAGGAAAUUACCUCUCCCUGGAGCAUCUGUGCCAUCCCAUGUAUAAGAGAAAUGCUCAUGAUCUACCAAGAGAAUAUAACUUUUGAUCCUGAAACAGCCAAUCCUCAUCUUUUUCUUUCUGUAGACUUAAAGAGUGUCAAGUAUGGAAGAAUCCCUCAGGACCUGCCUGAUAAUGAUGAAAGAUUUGAUGAAGCUCUCAGUAUAUUGGGAGCCCAGACCUUCACCUCGGGUAUUCACUAUUGGGAAGUAAAAGUUGGUGAUAACACAGAGUGGGAAGUGGGCAUCUGUAAAGAUUCAAUCAGCAGAAAGGGGCAACUUUCAAAAUCGCCUGAGGAUAUAACUACCCUAGAAGGAUUCAAAUCAGGAAAUGAUUUCUUUAUUAAGAGAUCAUAUUACAGUUGUAUAAGCCAGCCUAUAGAAGAGGUGGGCAUUUUUGUUGAUUGUGAUGAGGGAAUUGUUGCAUUUUGCAAUGUCAAAGACAGAGCCCUUAUCUAUAGUACCUCCAAAAUAGCUUUUCAGCAUCCUCUUCGCCCUUACUUCUCUCUUUGCUUUCCUAAGGAAGAAAGUACUUCUGGAUCACUCAUUAUUUGCCCUUUUGAUCAGUAG